AUGCCUGGCAAGGACACUUUCCCCACCCCUCAGACUGGUAAGGUCGAUGCCGACUUCAAGCCCCACGACCCCUCCACCGCUGCUGAGCCGCUAGGAAAGGCCUUCGAGGCGCACAAAGCUCACCCUGGCCCGGCCAUUCCUCAAUCGAUGCCUGAGCAGGAGGGAACCAAGGAGGAGCGCCAGGCCAAGGCCAAGGAGCUGAACAAAUAA